UUUUCCAUUUUUCUUUCGUAUUCAGUUUUACUUCUUUGAUCUACACUCGGCUUCGUUAACAUUUCCAUUGAUUUAUUUGAAUCUUGCCACUUUUUUUUUUUAUUAAACCGCUUAUGAACUCCUAAUGCGAACGUUUUCUACCUUUUGGGAGGGAAGAAUAUUAGGUGUGGAAUGAACAGCUCCGGGGAAGAUUCUCCAGAUUGGUUGCGUUCUUUUCAGGCACCAACUUCUGUGCUGACGUUAUCUUCGGAUUCCAAUUCUUCACCAAAUGCUAGCCUGCUUAGGGAGGAUAAAACAGAUGAUGAAGGCAGGUUUCAACAAAGUUCACCUACAUUGGGAAAGAGCAGCAGAAACCACGAUAAAGUAAAUCAAACUUCUUCAAAAAAGAAGAAAAUAGAUGUCUUUGAAAAAUCAGAAGGGAAUAGGGAUGAUGGAAAGGUUGCUACAGAAGAAAUAUCCAAUAAACACUUGGUAUCUCAUGCAGCAUAUCAUUCAGUUUGGACGUUAUCAUCAGAUUCUGAGUCUUCUCCUGGCCGUUCUCCUAAAAGAGAUGAAAAACAUUCUCUAUCUCAAGAGAGUGGAGAGGCAACUGAUCCAUUUCUGACUGGAAGAAGUCAAAAGUCUCCACGAAAGAUGACUUCUAAAGGAAAAUCUCCAAAAAAGGGGUUAAAAGGUGGGAGCCAGACUCCCAAAAAGAAGGAUGUGAAUGAUGAUGCAAAGAUAACAGAAAAUGAUGGCAUUAUGGACACUGCUGAGGAGGCAUCUGAAAAGCCAAUUGAACCUCAUGUUUCCACCUCAAGGUUGCCUUUGGUGCUGUCUGAGAAAGUUCACCGUUCAAAGGCACUUGUUGAGUGUGAAGGGGAUUCCAUAGAUUUGAGUGGCGAUAUAGGGGCUGUUGGACGAAUAAUAAUUUCAGAUUCUGCUUCUGAAAAUCAUGAGAUGUUCUUGGACUUAAAAGGAACCAUUUACAAAACAACAAUAGUGCCUUCCAGAACAUUUUGCAUUGUUAGCUUUGGUCAGUCUGAGGCUAAGAUUGAGGCUAUCAUGAAUGACUUCAUUCAGCUUAAGCCACAGUCCAAUGUUUACGAAGCAGAAACAAUGGUUGAAGGUACACUAGAUGGCUUCUCAUUUGAUUCUGAAGAUGAAGUUGACAAGAUGCCCAAGGAAAUUCCUCAUCAAAUUGAUCAAAAUGAGGGCAUUGAUGGACAAAUGAAUGGGAAAGCCAAAGGGAAAGCUGAGAAAGCAACUACUGCAUCACGCAAGAGAGGUAAAACUGGAGGAGGAAAGUCACAGCCGCCCAAAAAGGCAAGAAAGAAAACAGUCGGUUCAAAGAAACCCAAGGCCAAAAAAUGAGAGACAAGAUAAAUAUUCAAAAUUUUCUUGUAUGUGCAGCCAAUUAUAGACACUAGUGGUAAUUUAUAUUCCUUUAGUUGGUUUCAGUAAGAAGAGAAAUUGCUUUCUCCUUUUUAUGACAGAAGGAGGGUCCUGUUCCUUGUGCAUCAUGCUCUUUUCUUCAACUUGUAAAACAUACUGAAAGUCGCUAGUUAUGAAAUGCAAUCAAAUUGUGAAACAUAAUAUAUGCUACAACACCCUUGGUACAAUUGGAUGACCACUGGUAAAAUGAUGAAUGAUUUGUUGUGAUGUAUUUGAGCUGUUUUCUCAUUUGUUUUUCGCAGAAUCACCCCAUUGCAGGAAGAGUCAACAUGUCUUUAGAAAAUUAGUAGUGAUUGGCAUUAGAAGAGGUAGGAGGAUAUUUGAUUAGAAAUCAUCCAGGGGAAGAAACCUUCUUGCGAAGCAUUAUUGCAGAAAACAA